AUUUUGUGGCUUUUCUCUCGUUUUUUUCCACUUACAGGAUUUUUAAUCUGCCAAAAUGAUAAGCCGAAAUACCAAAAAUGUGCUUGUGGUGUCUUUUGGGUUUUUGCUCUUGUUUAUGGCCUAUGGAGAACUGCAGAGUCUACAGAGCAGUCUAAACGCAGAGCAAGGAAUGGGAGUUAUCUCGGUGAGCGUCAUCUACGGAACCAUCAUUCUGUCCUCCAUGUUUCUGCCUCCCAUCAUGAUCAAAAACCUGGGCUGUAAAUGGACCAUCUUCAUCUGCAUGGCCUGCUACAUCAGCUAUUCUUUUGGAAAUCUCUUCCCUGGAUGGUGUGUAAAAGCCCAGCUUACAUAUUCUUAUUGGUAUUUACGCCACUUUCUCCUCAUAGCCGCUGUGAUAAACCUGAGCUCUGCGAUAGCUCUGCUGUACUGGAGGCCUCAUCCGGACCAGCUGCCUGUCUUCUUCGUGUUUUCUGCUCUCUGGGGUAUGGCAGAUGCUGUGUGGCAAACACAAGCCAAUGCACUAUACGGCACUCUGUUCCCUCACCACAAGGAGGCAGCAUUCGCUAAUUAUCGCAUGUGGGAGUCUUUGGGUUUCGUGAUAGCCUUCGCGUACAGCACGUUCAUCUGUCUGUCCACCAAACUCUACAUCCUCAUCGCAGUUCUUUUGCUGGCCAUGGUGACGUACCUCUGGGUGGAGUACAAUGAGUACAAGCAUCCUACUCCAGCAGUGAAACGUGACACUGACAAGCUGGACGAGAUGCAGCUUAAAGACCAGAAAAUUAUUAGUCAGACAAGAUUAUAG